AUGCCUGAGAGCUCAUCAAUCUUGACUAGAGAACACAUCACUCAACCACUUAGAUUGUUAUCAACCAGCAAAUCAGGCUCAACGCAUAAUUUAAACUCGUUAUCUGGAUCUAGUAGUCCUCCAUCACCAGCAUUAGUUUCAACUGAUCCUAAUCCAAGCCUUGCGUCUCAGCAAUUGCAUCGUCCAACUCCUCAACAAAAUCAACAACUGGAACUUCUCCAACAACAACAGCAGACACAGCAACAGCAACAACCACAGCAUCAACAGGUGCGGCCGCAACUGGCGCAACCUUCACAGCCAAUGCAACCGGUGCAACCAACUCAAAGACAACGAGCACGACUGCAUCAACAACCCCUGGUUUCAAGAAGACCUUCAUUUGGAUUGCAUUUCUUGAGCAGUUUUAGCAUGAGAUCACAACCACAGUCAGAUGCAUCUAGUUCCCAUCAGACACCCCAAUCAGCGCCACCACCACAACAACAGCAGCAACAAACACAACCGGCAAGAGCAAACUCGACUCCAGUGUCACCAGCACAACAGCCUCAACAACAACAACAACAACAACAACAACACAAAGCUAUUUUAACCUCCACGGGAACGUCAUCAGCACAACUGCAACCACACCCUUCACAGCAGCUGCCACCGCAACAGCCUCCCACCAGGCAUCUACUGGGAUCUCAUAUGCAAAACUCAUCCCUUCAAUUAAUGUCAAAUAGUCCCACAUUGGGUAAUUUGAACAGCUAUGUUGAUGAGGAUAUCAAUGACGCCAAUGUUACUGCAUUUCACGAUACACUUGAGGAACCACCUGAAGCUGCCACUGAAACUGCUGAUGAUGUUUUGAGGCCCCAACCACAACCAACCGCUACAGCCGUAUCAUCAUCAUCCUUUAAUCUUGUAUCUAGCGAGCCCAACUCCUCCUCGGCGCAAGACACGAAACAAACGUCUGACGAGGGUAAGGAUAAAGAUGGAACCUUUUCAGUUCGUUUAACACCAUUAAUUGAUCACUCAUCAUCUUCAAGUGGGCUAUAUUUCUCCCCAAUCAUACGUAAAAUCAAGCCAGGAGCUAAAGUUAGUAUUGGCCGGUAUACUGAAAAGAACAAAGCCGCAGCACAUGCAGCACAAGGAUCCUCAGCUCCCAUAGUUUUUAAGUCGAAAGUUGUUUCACGUACACAUGCACUAUUGGAUUGUAAUGAGGAUGGGCAAUGGUUUCUCAAAGAUUGCAAAUCAUCACUGGGUACAUUUCUCAAUCACAUUAGACUUUCACCAGCAUCUCAAGAAAGUUCAUUGAUGCCAGUGAUUGAUGGAGACAUAAUUCAAUUGGGUAUGGAUUAUCGUGGAGGAACAGAGGAAGUUUAUCGAUGUGUUAAGAUGAGAUGUGAAUUUAACAAGAGUUGGCAACGUAAAGUGAAUCAAUUCAAUUUGGAAAUUCACAAGAAGUUUAGGAACUUGAGUAUAAGUGAUCCGAAUAUAUUGGCAAAUAGUGGCGCUGGUACUGGUAAUAAUGGUGAACCAGGGUCCACAGACAAUAGUGAGUGUGCCAUUUGUCUAAUGAAGGUUGAACCAUGUCAAGCGUUGUUUAUAAGUCCUUGUUCACAUGCAUGGCAUUAUAAAUGUAUCAGGCCGAUCAUUAUCAAGAGCUAUCCUCAAUUUUAUUGCCCUAAUUGUCGAACAAUGUGUGAUUUGGAGACUGACUUGGAAGAUGAUGAUGAUGAUUGA